CUCCCAGCUCGCCUUUCGCCCCCAACGAUCGUGAGCAAUGCGGUUCCUUCCUCUCCUUUACUCUUCCCUGGCAGCCGUACUCUCGCUUUCGGUUGGAAAUGCUCACGCUGCGACCAUUGCAAAGCGCGCACCCGCUCAAGUUUUCCGAAAAUGCACGGUCUCGAACACAGUCGCUUUAACCUUUGAUGAUGGGCCAUUCUAUUACCUGAAUGAUCUGGUCACGAUGUUAAACCAACAGAAUGUUACAGCGACGUUCUUCGUUAACGGCAUGAACUGGGGAUGCAUCUACGACCCUCCCCUGUCUGACGCCCUCAAGUUCGCGUAUGACAGCGGCCACCAGGUUGCCUCGCACACCUGGGCGCACAGGCGCAUGACAGAGUUGAGCUGGGACGAAAUUCACGAUGAGAUGUGGCGUGUAGAGUUGGCACUGUCUAGAAUUACGGGUGCUUAUCCGGCAUUCAUGCGACCUCCCUAUGGAGAGUUCAACGACCUCGUGUUGGAAGCAUCUGCUAUUCGUGGCCAGUCAAUUGUGAUCUGGGACUUUGACUCUGAAGAUGGCCGAUCGGCUUCCGUUGAACGCCAGAAGCAACUCUAUGAUGAAGCUGCAGCUGCUCGACCUGAUUCGAUUCUUUCUCUGCAGCACGAAGUUCAUGCGACAAGCGUUUACGAAACCCUUCCGUACGCGAUCCAGACGCUCAGGGCUGCCGGCUACCGCUUCGUUAGUGUCGCCGAAUGCCUGGGUGGACUUCCUCCUUACCAGUGGGUCGGAGCUCCUGGAGUUCGCGAUUCGAGCUGGACGUGUUAGAUCCUUACACCAACAUCAUCACCAGCAUCACGCGUUCAAAGCAUCCGAGGGUGAACGUUGCUUUGGAUCAACCCGGAAGGUUAAAACCACAGGAAGGGACAGGGAAUGGACUAACAUCUGAUACUCAACUUACUUCGUGAACUGACUAAUUAGUUACCUGCACACUCUCGUUUAGAUCGGACAAUUAGUAGCGGUAUACUUCGUUACCUUUCGCUCAUUUAAUUCAAGGACAAUAUAGCUAUUCAUUUAUCACCUG